UCUCUCUCCGUGGACCCUCCCACUCUUGAAGAGUGACACGCCAUUCAAUCGCUCGCCUGGCCCUGCGCUUGACGGAUUCGAGAGGGAGCUCUGAGCGACCUCGAACGCACGGAUAAUAAUAAACACCAAUCAGACAGAAAGCGACCACAUCUGCAGCGCUGCUGCGUAAAAACCCCAGAUAGAAAAGUUGAGCCGUAUCGUGCGCGUCAUGGCGAUCCGAAAGAAGGCGAACAAGAGCCCGCCGGUGCUGAGCCAUGAGUUUGUCAUCCAGAACCACGCAGACAUUGUUUCCUGUGUUGCUAUGGUGUUCCUCCUCGGGCUCAUGUUUGAGGUCACCUCGAAGUUUGCUGUGUUGUUCAUAACUGUCCAGUACAAUGUCACCAUAUCAUCAACCGAGGGCCCAGAGGAGACGGCCGUGAACCACUUCCACCAUGGCAUCAAGGACUUGGCCACCAUCUUCUUCUACAUGCUAGUGGCCAUCAUUAUGCACGCCAUCAUCCAGGAGUAUGUGCUGGAUAAAAUCAACAGGAAGAAGCACUUCUCCAAAACCAAGCACAGCAAGUUCAAUGAGUCAGGCCAGCUCAGCGCUUUCUACUUAUUCUCCUUCGGCUGGGGCGUGAGCAUCCUGCUCUCUGAAAACUUCCUGUCCAGUCCAUUCACCCUGUGGGAGGGAUAUCCCCACACACUGAUGCCAUUCCAGAUGAAAUUCUACUUUAUCUGUCAGCUGGGUUACUGGUUACACGCUCUGCCUGAACUGUACUUCCAAAAGACAAAGAAGGAGGAUAUUCCACGCCAGCUUGUGUACAUCUUCCUGUACCUGGUCCACAUUGCAGGUGCCUACAUUCUGAAUCUGAACCGUCUCUGUCUCGUCCUGCUGGUGUUGCACUACUGUGUGGAGCUGCUCUUCCACGUUUCCCGCCUGAUCUACUUCAGCAACGAGAACAGACAAUUGGGUUUCACCAUGUGGGCCGUGCUGUUUGUCCUCGCGCGGUUGCUCACCCUGACAUUGUCCGUCCUCACCGUGGGCUUCGGCCUCGCCAACGCCGAGAAUCAGGGCUUUGAUUUGGCAGCGGGAAACUUCAAUGUUAUUUUUGUGCGGAUAACUGUCCUGGCCGCCAUCUGCCUCACUCAGGCCUUCAUGAUGUGGAAAUUUAUCAACUUUCAGCUGCGCCGGUGGAGAGAGCACGCUCAGACUCAGACCCUGAAAAAGAAACAAGUUCCAAUCAAGAGCAAAUCAAAGAAAGACAAAGCCAAUGGAGUAAAUGGAGUGAACUCCCAUGCAGCUGAUUCACCAAGAGCAAGAAAAGAGAAGUCUUCAUAAACACAUUCCCUUCAGCCAAUCCCAUCUCAAAGACCCAUCUCUCCCGGUGCCCGUGCCUGUGGCCAAACGGCGGAUCGUCAACUCCUCCGCCAUCGUUCGCGUUUUUCUGCUCCCACGCGGGGUCUGCCCUCCCAGCUGGACUUCCAAGGGCCUGAAUGCAUCUAGCUUUGCUCAUCGCCAGUCGUCCAGCACGCCUUGAUUUGGAGAAUCAUUGCUCUGCUGUGCCAUUUCCAAAAACAAAUUAAAAAAAAAAAAAAAACUAUGGAAAAAAAAAGACCGUUAUUUAAGAAGUGCCUAUUGAUACAGAUUGUGUUGUACAGGGUGUGUAAAUUUUAAAGUUCAGGAAUGAUGACUUCAGUGUUUCCUGGUACUCCCGGGUCAGACCAUGCUUUCCCUAAAUACUAUGUAUUGCAGCUUGUGCUUUAUUUCUGUUUUUCCACACAUUUAUAUUUUCUAGCUCAGCUUCUCUUCUUUUCCACCAAAUCAUGUUUUUGCAGUUUAGGAAAAUGUCCAUUUUUCUUUUUUUCUUUUAGCGACAGAGGUUGUAUACACUCGUGUUAUAAUCUCCAUCUUUAGGAUACAAAUGCGUUCACACCUCAGACUGUUCAAACCCACUCAGCGAGACAUUUUUACAGUGUUUUCACUUUGUCAGUCACCAACACACAUUAUAUCCACUCAUGAAUAGGAAAAGCAAACAAGGAAAAGCAGAGUUCUUGUAAUCCCAACAGAACCUGCUGCUUGCCAUGAAAUGCAACUGAAUCUAUCACAGUUCCUCCUUGAUGCUCUUUGUGAAUAAACACACCAUGUCUUAGCUUUUUGAGUGAAAUAAGAUCAUUUUAUCUGAGAUGGAAAAGACAAAAUCAGGCAAAACAUCCCUUUUGUCAGUGUGAUUGAACCUUGUUAGUCCCUCUUCAUUUGUCGUGUAAGUGAAAAAGGGUUUCUUGUGUUUGUUUGACCUUGUAUCUUAUUGAAUGAGGAAAAAGAAGAAGCAUGGACUGGGAUGUUUGGCUCUAAACCUGCUCUUCUUUGGACUGUGCCAAAUGAGCCUGGUUGACUGUUGACAAAUGCCUUUUUACUUCACAUGCCAUAAAAUGAAUUUAUGGAGCGCAGCUGUAUUGUAAGAAUCAAUCACCUAGGAAACGCCGGCUUAUUCUAAAGAAUGAACCCAUUUACUACUUUCAGUAAAUGUCCUGGGGGUUUGUCUAUCCUUCAAAGGAAUAAAUUGUUUUAUUGAAUCAAAAA